UUGGAGAACAAUAACCAGUCGAUUCUUAUAUUUCAGAAGGAACUGAAAGAAUACGAGCACCGUCUACCGCUCUCAUCUAUCACCCAUUUCUCAAUUGAUGGCGAUGUUCUCAUCACACAUAUCCACUGGGGAGGAAAAUACUACCCUGUUCCAUACGAGAGUGGACUGGCUGGAGAAGGCCUUUCUCCAGGAAAAAGCCUCUACUUGUACGGAAUGCCGGAGAAGAAAGGAAAGCGAUUCCACAUUAACAUUCUCAAGAAGAACGGCGACAUUGCUCUUCACUUCAAUCCGAGAUUCGACGAGAAGGUACCCGUUUUUUUAAAUAUUUCCGGGUCAAAAGGUCCAAUGAGCUGUUUGCAGGCAGUGGUACGUAACUCGUUGAUCAGCAAUGAAUGGGGUAAUGAAGAACGUGAGGGCAAGAUGCCCUUCGAAAAGGCGGUUGGAUUUGAUCUCGAAAUCAAGAACGAGGACUACGCCUUCCAGAUCAUGGUGAAUGGCGAGCGAUUCGCCUCGUACGCUCAUCGACUUGAACCACAUGAACUGAAUGGACUUCAAAUUGGUGGCGAUGUCGAGAUCACUGGAAUUCAACUCCACUAA